UCCACGUGAUUCUGUGAGAGGAUUCGCUAAGUGAGCUGAGGCGUUUGGGGCUCUAAGUCCGGAUGGCGGAAUUGUAAGAGAUUCAAAGAAAGUCGCUAGCCAAGGUGGACGUCUUCAACUGACCUUGUCAGGAAGUGAUAGUGGCCGCCUCCUCGAUCUUCCUCUCCUUUCGCGAAGCAAAAGACGCUUUGGAAGAGCAGCCGGCCCCUUGGAGUUCCGAGGGGCUUCCUCUGGCACUGCGUGAGGUUACUCGCGGUUUUGGUCAACAAGGAAGCUUAAAAAUGGCGUCAAAAGAACUUAUGAAUGAUGAGCGGUUUCAGCGAAUUACAAAGGAUCCUAGAUUUUGGGAAAUGCCAGAAAAGGACAGAAAAAUUAAGAUUGAUAAGAGAUUUCGAGCAAUGUUUCAUGACAAAAAGUUCAAGUUGAAAUAUACCGUGGAUAAAAGAGGACGUCCCAUAAAUCAUAGCAGCACAGAGGAUUUGAAACGUUACUAUGACUUAUCAGAUUCAGACUCUGAUCUCUCAGAUAAAGAUAGUGAAGCAUCAAACAAAAAGAAAACAAAGAAAAAGAACCAGAAAACUGAAAAAGGAGAUCCAAAAGAAUUACUGAAUGAUAAGGAAAAAAGGAACACUGUUAGGUCAAAGGAAGACUUUGGACAUGGGAAAGAGCCAGAUGAUUAUGAUAAUAUUUGUAAAACACAGAGUUUGAACAGAGUUAAGGAGGUGCAUACACAAAAAAAUCUGCAAAAAUAUGAAAAAGAAUCAACAAAUAAAGGCAUAAAGAAUCAGAAAGAGACAUUUCUAUUUAAUGCAGACACAUCUUCUAGUGGAAAACUAAAGAUGUCAGAACUGGACAAUAAUAAAAUUGUGAAAUCUUCCAAGGUGAAGUUUCCUAAAGACAAAGAGAAAUGUGAUUCAGACAACAGUGAUGUUUAUUUAGAUGUCACUGGAUCUGAUGAAAGUGAGUUGGAGGAAGAUACCGAAGAUGAUAGUAAAACAGAAGAUGAUGAACAAUCAGAAGAUAGAAGUGCCGGGGAUGAUGAGGAAAUCUCAGAAUAUGAUGAUGAAGAUGAUGAUGAAAGUGAUAGUGGCCCUGAUCUUGCUAGAGGAAAAGGAAAUAUUGAAACUAGUUCAGAAGAUGAAGAAGAUGAUAUGACUGAAUUUUUUCCUAAGGAACCUAUUUUUGAGCAUGCGUGGAGAGAAUUAGAUAAAGAUGCCCCUCGGGCAGAUGAGAUUACUCGUCGACUAGCAGUUUGCAACAUGGACUGGGAUAGAUUAAAGGCUAAAGACUUGCUGGCUCUGUUCAAUUCAUUUAAACCAAAAGGUGGUGUUAUAUUUUCUGUGAAGAUCUAUCCUUCAGAAUUUGGGAAGGAGAGAAUGAAGGAAGAACUUGUUCAAGGACCUAAAGAAUUACAAAGUAUUCCUGAGGAUGCUCCUGAAAAAGACUGGACCUCUAGAGAAAAGUUAAGAGAUUAUCAGUUCAAGAGACUAAAAUACUUUUAUGCAGUCGUCGACUGUGAUUCUCCAGAAACAGCCAGUAAAAUUUAUGAAGACUGUGAUGGACUGGAAUUUGAAAGUAGCUGUUCCUUUGUAGAUCUGAGGUUUAUUCCAGAUGAUAUUACAUUUGAUGAGGAGCCAAAAGACAUAGCCUUAGAAGUGGAUAUAACAACCUAUAAACCCAAAUAUUUUACAUCUGCAGCAAUGGGAACAUCAACGGUGGAGAUCACUUGGGAUGAGACUGACCAUGAAAGAAUUAAAACACUAAACAGAAAUUUUAAAAAAGAUGAACUUCUUGACAUGGAUUUUCAAGCCUAUUUAGCAUCUUCCAGUGAUGAUGAAGAAGAACCAGAAGAAGAGCAACAAGGUGAUGGUGGAGUCAGUGGGGCAGAAGAUGUCAGCUUUAAAAAGAGCCAAAAGGAUGAUGAUGAACAAAUUACAAAGUACAGGCAACUUUUGCAGCUUAUUCAAGAAAAAGAAAAGAAAUCCAAAGACAAUGACAUGGAAAUGGAAAUUAAAUGGGUUCCAGGUCUUAAAGAAAGUGCUGAAGAGAUGGUCAAAAACAAGUUGGAAGGAAAAGAUAAACUGACUCCUUGGGAACAAUUUUUAGAGAAAAAGAAAGAGAAAAAAAAACUGAAAAAGAAGCAGAAGCUACAGUCUGUUAAUGAAAAAGAGACCAGUGAAGAUGAGCUUCCGUCUGAUGUUGACUUGAAUGAUCCAUACUUUGCUGAAGAAGUUGGAAAAAUAGGCACCAAGAAAAAAUCCAAAAAAAUCUCCAAGGAUGAAGAAUCUCCAGAAGAAGAAGCUGAGGUUGAAAGACAAAAUGCUGAAAUGGCUUUGCUUAUGAUGGAUGAUGAAGAGGAUGGCAGGAAACACUUCAAUUACAACAAGAUUGUAGAGCAACAGAACCUGAGCAAAAAGAAAAAGAAAAAACUCAUGAAAAAGAAGGAACUAUUGGAGGAUGACUUUGAGGUAGAUGUUUCAGAUACUCGGUUCCAAGCAAUGUAUACUUCCCACUUGUUCAACUUAGAUCCUUCUGAUCCUAAUUUCAAGAAAACAAAAGCUGUAGAAAAAAUCCUAGAGGAGAAGGCUCGACAGAGAGAACAAAAACAACAAGAACUUGCAAAGGCAAUAAAGAGAAAAGAGAAUGACCUGCAAAAGGAAACAGCAAAGAAAUCCAUAGAUCCUGCUUUGUCAAUGCUAAUUAAAUCUAUCAAAAGCAAAACACAGGAGUUUCAAGCAAGGAAAAAACAGAAAGUCAAAUAACUUGUUUGCUUUGAUGCAUCCUAAAUGCAUUUUCCUAAAUUGAAAGAAAAAAUUAUUUUUAAUGACUGAAGCUCUUUCUGGCAUAGGAAUUAAACUUUGAUCUUGCUGACUGUUUUGAUAUUUUGAUAUUUUUCUCCAUGAAGCAUAGAUUUAGAGCUAGAACAAGUCUUCGAAGCCAGCUUCUCCAUUUUGCAGAUGAGGGAACUGAAGCCUGGCUAGGUUGUGUCUUACUCAGCUAAUAAGGGCAGAGCCUGGAUCUGGAGAGGAGGAGCCCCAAGUCGGACCCCAUCUCUCCAAAUCCAGCACACUUUCCAGUGUACCAUUUGCCUACAGGUUUUGUGUCUUUAUACACAAAAAUUUCUUAUUUAAGUAUAUAUAUGAAAUUGAAAUUUUAUGUUUUUCAUAAAAUCAAGUUGGAUAUUAAGUGAGAAUCAGCAAACUAAAUUUUAAUGUAUAUUUAAAAUUUUAAUUUCUGAAGAAUUGGAAUUCUAUAGAAUCUUACAUAUAUAAGCUUGUUAGGGCUAAUUUGAUAUUAUUUAUUUACUGUGGCAAAUUAUCAACAGAUCAGUCUGUUCAUAGUAAUCUGGAAGUCUCUUAAGUUAGCUUUUUUAUCAAGCCUUAAAGGGUAGUCAAGAAGACAUUGUAUCCAAGUAGACAGAAUACUGGCCUUGCAGACAGGGAGACUUGGAUUCAAAUUCUGCCUCUGUGAUCCACAAUUUAGUCUGUUAACCUCUCUGAGCCUCAGAUAACUCUCUUAAACUUAUCCAGUACAUUCUAGACAGGUUGCAAUCUGUAAUGGUGGUGCAAGUUCCCACUGUUAGUUAAUAGACUGAUAGUUGGCCUAUUGACAUCUUUUGAGGUAGUAACCUAAGACCUUUCUUAGAAACGUACAUAUAUGGUUCUUAUAUGUUUUUUAUGAAUUUAAAUUUUUCAACAAACAUUUGAAGUCUUUUUGUUCACUUGUUCUACUUUAAGGAAGCAAGUCAGCAAAUGGUAAGGAAGUGGAUUGUAGAUGACUUUUUGAAGAAGCUUGGCAGAGAAGGGGAGAAUCAAGUGGGAAAGGAGCUAGACUGAAUAGAAGGAUCAAGAGAUGUCUCUUUUCUCAUUUAUCUGUUUUUAAAAAAAAAUUCCCUAGGGGAAAAAUCUGGAAAAUGAAUUCAAACAUGAGAAUAACAUAAUGAAGAUGAAAAGCAAGUUCAUAUUCUAAUAACUAUAUUUAAAAUGUUUGUGAAGUCUUUUCCAGUGAUUUUUCUUUUUGCAGUAGUGGAGAGUUUUUUUGUCUGACCUUCAGCUUUAUGAUGGAGUACUUUUAAAUAGGUGGGUGUGCUGCUAUAAAACUUAAGAAAAGUUCAGUUUUUAAUAUUUAAAAUCUUUGGUCUCAUCUGUUUUAGGUCUUAUCAACUAAUAACUGACCACUUGUAAGAGUCAAUAUUGCACUUCAGUAAUAUAUGCACAAAUAAAAUCGGAAUGGUCAGUAGGAGCAAAUACUAAAUGUGGGAGUUUCAGGAAUGCAAAAGGAGUUUGGCUGGUUUUGUGGGUUAAUAGUAAAUGUGGCAUAUUUUUAAAAUUCAGGCUCGCAGAUGUAGCAUAAUUUUGCAGUGUAUGGGGAUGCAAAACUCAUUAGUGUGGUAUCAAAGAAAAAAAGCCUUUGAGCAGGAAAAAAAGACGGAACAUUUGAAUUGUUUAUAGCUAGCUGCCAGAACUUUGGAAUGCCUGAAAAGGGAAUUGUUUUUAUUAUAAAGCAGUGACACUAUUAAAUUACCCAACUGUAUUUACCAGUUGGCUCUACUCAGUUUGGCUUUACCCAUUUUACCUUUCCAUCUGUCUAUAUUAAAUCCUAACACUUGCUUAAA